AUGAGUUAUUCCAACGACAAGUACCCGCCACCCAAUUACCCUCCUCCAGGUGCUCAGCCAUAUGACAACGGUGGAAACAGCAACCAGCAGCAGGAAGACAACACUUACUAUGUUCAACCCGACUUGGAAAAUGCCAAAAACGAAAAACCUCAACCUUCACAAGACUUUGACGAGAGCUUCAAGAUUGAAAAACCUAGAUUGAACGACUGGCCCUUUACUAUUUUCUUUUUACUAGUUGUUGCUGGUUUUAUUGCUGUUGCAGGUAUUACCUUGAAUGCAUUGAGACAGACUUAUGGUGACCAAGGAGGUGGUAUUUACGGCUCGUCCAAUUCAUUUACCGUGAACCGGAACACAGUUAUUCUUUUUGCUUUUGUUAUUGUCUUGUCUAUAGUCUUGGCGGCAUUGGGACUCAUGUUUAUACGUGCAUUUGCAAAGCAAUUCAUUUAUGUUGCCUGUGUUUUGAAUGUCGUGCUAUCCAUUGGAACUGCAAUCUUCUACUUUGUUGAGCAUUAUUACAGCGCCGCAAUUGUGUUUUUGAUAUUUGGGUUGUUUGCUGCAUAUUGUUACUGGAGAUCAAGAAGUAGGAUCCCUCUAAGUGCAACAAUCUUGCGGAUUGUAAUCGAUGUCAUGAGACAAUAUCCGUCAACAUUGGUGACAGCAUUCUUUGGACUCGUGGUUAGUGCCGGUUUUGGUAUCUUGUUUAGUGUUGUGAUUGUGGCCACUUAUGUCAAGUACAAGCCUAAUGCCGACAACACUGCUUGUGAAGUAGGAGGAGGCUCAUGUUCGCAAGCAAAAUUAAUCGGUAUUCUUGUGUUUGUGUUCUUUGCAGGUUACUACAUCUCUGAGGUGAUCAAGAAUGUUAUCCAUGUUGUUAUUUCGGGAAUCUAUGGAACUUGGUACUACUUGUCAAACUCAGACCAAGGGGCUCCAAGACAUCCAGCAUUAUCAUCCUUGAAAAGAGCUUUGACUUAUUGUUUUGGAUCAAUUUGUUUUGGUUCCUUAAUUGUGGCCUUUAUCCAGUUGGUAAGACAAUUGCUCAACAUUGUGAGAUCCCAAUUUGUUGACUCAUUUGCUGGUCAAUGUGCUUUGAUCAUUGUUGACCUAAUUGUUGGUUUCAUCGAUUGGCUAGUUCAAUAUUUCAACAGGUAUGCAUAUUCAUAUGUUGCGCUUUACGGAAAGCCAUAUAUCCGCUCAGCUAAGGACACUUUUGAUAUGUUCAGGUUUAAAGGUAUGGAUGCAUUGGUGAACGAUAUGUUUAUCAAUGUAGCAUUAAACUUUUACUCAUUGUUUGUUGCCUAUUUGUCCUCAUUGUUGGCAUAUCUUUACCUCAAAUUUACCAAACCUGGGUACAAUAGCGAUGGUAAUUACUACGCACCAGUUGUCGCAUUUACCUUUUUAAUUUCAAUGCAAAUUGCUAGCAUCACUUUGAGUGUUAUUGGUUCAGGUGUUGCUGCAUUCUUUGUAUGUUUGAGCAAGGAUCCUGAAGUUUUGCAGAUGCUGCAAAGGGAUGAAUUGUUUAACGAAAUCCAAAGAAACUAUCCUCAAGUCUAUGAGAAGAUCAAUACUAAUCAUUAA